AUGGUGGUACAAAGUGACGAAUGGAAUAUAUUUGAUCAAAGAUGGAUUGAAUAUAAUUUAUUAAAAAAUCAUAAAAUUGAUUUAAUACGUAAAACACUUUUAGAAAUAUUUUUAGAAGGAAAAUUAAAUGAGAAAACUAAAGCUUUAAUUAUAAAUGGUAAAGAGGUUUCGGUAACAUAUUUUCGCGCAGGUUAUAGACCAGGAGAUUAUCCUAGUGAAAAUGAAUGGAAUGCAAGAUUAAUGAUCGAACGAUCAAAAUCUAUAAAAUGUCCAUCAAUCAGUUAUCAAUUAGUUGGAUUUAAAGUAUUUCAACAAGUUCUAGCCAGGCCAAAUAUUGUAGAAAAAUAUAUAAAAAAUCCGAUUGACGCUAAAAAAAUUAGAUCAUGUUUUGCCAAUCUUUAUCAAUUUCACUCCAACAAUGAUAUAUUUAAAUCAGUAAUUGAUAAUCCAAACGAUUAUGUGAUGAAACCACAACGUGAAGGAGGUGGUAAUAAUUUAUAUGGCGAGGAAAUGGUCAACACUAUUAAAAAAUUGAAAUCUUCGUCAGUGUCGUCAUCGCAAGAACUUAAAAAAUAUAUUAUAAUGGAUUUGAUUAAACCGCCAGCAAUUUCAAAUAUUUUAUUAAGGAAAGGUGAAUUGAUUAAAUGUAAAAUAAUCUCCGAGUUGGGCACAUUUGGUGUUUUUAUUUCUAAAAAAAUUAAAGAUGAUGAUGAUGAUGGCGAAGAAAUAAUUGUGAAUGAGUGCAUUGGUAAUGUGUUAAGAAGUAAAAGUAGUGAGAUUAAAGAAGGUGGUGUUGCAAUUGGAUUGGCUAGUAAAUUCAUUGAUCCAGUUUUCAUAUUAGGAGCAGGUACUGCAUGA